UUUACCUUUCUAAAUCCCACAUCCGAUUUGAAUUUGUAAAGUUGGCCUAAUGCCCCAAGAGUCACUAAGUGAUAAAGUACUACUAUAUAAAUAUAUGAGGCCCUAUUUCGUAAGCCAAUAUACAACAGGCCAAAGUCAAGGUAACUGUCGUAAUUUUUAUGUCUGGCUAUUUACCCAGUCCUCAUUAGAUCACAAUAUGCAUUCAUACUAGUUACAGUCUGGCAACCAGACACCACAUUUUGUCCGUGGUGAUUUCGGAUUGAAUUCAGAAGAUGACACAUUACAGGUGUAGGAAGUGCAGCUACUACUUAUUUACUGAUGACUGUAUCAUUACAGAACACGGCCAGAAAGAUGAAGUUUGUCCUGCCACAGUUAAAUCCUUGGCAACACAGUGGUUUUUAAAUUAUGAAGAUCAAAGCACACCCCAAUGGGUUUCUGAGGUUAUCAGGGAGGGGUUCUUGGGUAUUAAAGGCAAGCUAUGCUGUCCAAAAUGCCAGGGAAGAAUUGGUUCAUUUGACCUCCCUGCUAGAAAACUGUGUCCAUGUGAACAGUUCAUGCUGCCUGCUGUUCAUGUUCUGUGUAGUAGAGUGGAUAAAAUAACAGUGACUGGAAAUCAAGACAUAGCUGUACUUCGCCAAAGAAUGGCAGUGCCUCACAGGAGGAAUAAUACUGUGCCAGGACAGUCAUCCUCAGUAGUUGGAGCCAAAGCCCCAGAGACAGCUGAAAUGGACUCUACUGAUUUCAUAUCCAACACUGCCAGUGCCGUUAGUAACAUGUCUCAUCAAAAUACUGCAGAUUGUUCAAGUGAAAGAGAAUCUGGAAGUGAACAAAUGUUCAUUCAAAGGAGAAGCUUAAGACACAGGAGACUACGGAAGAGAAAAUUGUUGCUACCUGAAGAUCUUGAGGAACAACAAUUACCUGUAUGUAGAAAUAGAUUUGAAGCAUUAGAACAAGAGGCUGUAAAAGAAAAUGAAGCUGGUGUAAGAGAAUCUGUUCAUGAAAAAGAGGCUGUGGAGGAGAAUUUUCACAUGUCAGAAUGGGAUCUUUCCGUGGAAUCAACAGUGUCCGAGGAUCAUUGCUGUGCAGUGUGUCUUGAUCUCUACUGUCGCCCUAUGAUCUGUCGUCCCUGUAAUCACAAAUACUGCGAACCCUGUCUCCGAAGACUGGCUAGUGGAAAGCGCUAUCGUACACAGUGUCCCAUGUGUAGGGCUGUUAUAACAUGUUGUAAUACUGACAGAGAGCUGGAGACCCAAAUGAAAGAUCUAUAUCCAGAACAUUACAGGAACAGGUUAAGAAAGGAACAAAAGAUUUGUUCAAACCGAAAGUACCCCCUACCCACUGCUUCUCGCCAUCCUCCACGUCGACCACGGACUGACAUCUCAGCAAUCAGCAGCUCACAGAUGAUAUGCCUAGCCCUCAUUCUAAUUACAGCCAUUCUCAUAAUUUUGACAGUUUUCGGCAUGUUGUUUGCAGUGUUUAAAGUACUGACAUAUUUUAUACAUUUCUUAAUGUAUUUUUUAGAUUAUGCAAAUAUUACCAUGGCUGUGUAUGAUCUGAUGUUUUAAAAAUGACUGGAUGUUUAGAUUCACAUUUUUAGUAUUAUGUUAAGUUUGGUUAUUUAUGCACCUCCAUUGUUUAUUUCCUUUUUACUUUUAAAUUCAUGUUGCAUAUCCUAUUAUACAUAUUAUUUAUUUAUAUGUUGAUUUUGUUACACAAUUCAGGGAUCCUCAACUCCACGUAUGAUUAUAAACAUGUGAUUUUAUUACAUACAUGCACUGUUUAUCACCCCUCCCUUUUAUCACGCCUCAAUUUGAAGUAUCAUUGUCAUUUUCGUUCAGAAUUCAUCUUCCAUUAUAGGUUUUAGCAAUCAUAAUCGUUGCAUUUAAACAAAGUUUGAACUUGCUGAAGAAAUAUGAUUAUUAUUUAUUAUAACUCUAUAACAGUCUUUCCUCACAUCAUUAGAAAGUGAUGAACAUCAUAGAGCUAGUAUUAUGUCAUCAUUAAUUGUCAUUAUACAUAUCUGAAAAUUUGGACUGUAAGCAUACAACAUAUACAUGUACAUAUGAAAGGCGAAGAUAAUGAACAGUGAUCAAUCUCUUAACUCCUUUAAGCAAUACAGAAUAGAGAGUUGGGCAAGCACGGAUCCCUACCUACAUGUAGAUAUACCAGAGGUGGGAUCAGGUGCCCAGGAAGAGUAAGCAUCCCCUGUUGACCAGUCGCACCCUCCAUGAGCCCUAUAUCUUGGUCAGGUAAACAGAGUUAUCCUUAGUCAAAAUCAGUGUGCCAAGAACGGCCUAGCAGUCAGUAUGAAACAAGUCAAGACAGCAUUUGAUCCAAUGAUGGGUUGUAUUGGCAAACUAGAAUAAGCUCUUGCGUAUCGAAUCAGUUGAGAUAUAAACACACCAUAUGCAGGUGAUAAUGGAUUAUUGCUACAUGAAUAUAAGCAGUUGACAAUGGAGAAGCUGAAAUCAUCCUGUUUAUCAUAAAGUUGAGUUGUUAGAUUUCAGUUAAUAAAUAUCUAUUAAGUAUGAAGCAGAAGUGGAUGACUCAGUGGUGUCUUUUAUUUGGAGUUCACAGGGCUAUAUUGAAUCAACAUAUGAAUGAAGAUUAUUAUUGUUGCAUGUAAUAGACAAAAUGUUGUCAAUAUAUCUAAAUGUCGAAUUGAAGGCCACAGCAAGAGUUCUUCUUCUCAUGUAGUUUUUGAAUAAAUUCUGCUUCAUAAGAAUGUAAAAACGGGUCAGCUAACAAAGGAGCACAAUUCGUGCCCAUGGGAAUUCUUAACAGACUGUUGGAAGACCUGAUCACCAUAGACCAUUAAGAUAUUGUCAAUAAGGAACUCCAGCAUAUUUUUUAUUUCAAAUUCAGAGUACUUGUGCAUGGAAUCAGAGUGAUGUUUAGCAAAGUAAUUUUUGGAUGUCUGAUAACUAGAUAUGAAUAUUUUGGAUAGAUCUAAGUAGUUCAAGAUUUCAAGGUCCUCCACUUUAGAUAUAUAAUAAACACCACAUUAGAAAAUCUGCAUUUUAAGUAGCUUUAUUCCUUGACCAAUACCAGCUCAUGACCUUCAGCUUUCUAAAUGGGGGUUGGGUUGAUACAGGAUGUUUUUUAAAUUUCUCUAUACAUUCCAUGCCCUUUUGAUUUUGGAUGCAUCAUUUUUGUCUUAUUUGCUUUUCUUAUUGCAACUUUGACUUUGACCACAAGUUAUCAACAAUAAGGAAGAAAGCUAAAAUAGACUGUCUGCUGCCCAAUCCCAUUCAUUUUGUGAAUGAAAUAUUGUUUAAACAAGUUAUUAUCAAAACAAGACACAGAUUUCAUAUUUAAAUUAUUCAGCCUACUUUCACAAAUACAUGUACAUACAACAGUACACUACUGAGGCCUACCAGGUACGUGCAGAGUAAGGUCAAGGUCAUAGUUAGAAAUCAAGUUCAGAGGAAUUUACUACUUCAUUAAACAGUCAAUGCCAAUCAUGACUUUGGUUAUUAAGAUCUCAUCCGAAGGACCUGUGACCCUUUUCUGAAUGAGCAAUCAUUCACCAGCACCUGAAGUGUGGAAACUAACACACACACACACACACACACACACCUACCUCUUUCUGAAUUUUUUUUUAUACUGGAAGAAGGCCAAUCUCUAAAGCUUACAAAAAGUGAAACGAUUACAUAAAUCGAAAUUGGUAUGAGAUAGACAGGGAAUCCACACAUUUCAGAGAAAUUGCCAUAGAACAAAAUUCAGAAAGGGGGGGGGGGGAGUAUUGAUACUUAAGGUGCUUGUGGAAUCACUCUGACACAGCCAGGGUACAUAUGAAGCUCAACCUAUGACCUUCUGGCCAUGAAGGAAACAUUUUAACCACUGCAUCUCAGCAAAUUCAAUGAACAGAUCUUGUAGAACUUAAAAUAUUUCUUUGUAAAACUUCUUUAUCUAUAAAACAUAAGAAAAUAUUACUGGAUGAAAUCCUCAGUGCAUCAUAUUAAUCAACCUCUAACAGUAACUACGACACAUUGAUGACUGACUUUUUUCAACUAAACAUACAGUGUUCAUGUUUCUCUGGAUUUUUAAAGAGUUGUACAAAGCAUACAAGUAACGCAUUAAUAGAAAGUAUAAUUUACAGACAUUUCAUGAAACUUUCUCUAUAGUAAACUAGUGUAUACCUGAUAGAUAAAAAUGUAAAUACAGUGAAUUUGGAUGAUGACAGGUUAGAAAUCCAGGAGUAAUGAUAUAUUGAUUCAUGUGAAGUUUUUUUUGGGGGGGAGGGAAUAGCUGUAAUGCAAAUUACAUGUAGUGUUCUGUGGUACAUAGUUGUACAUGUGCCUAUGUCUACAAACAUGUUACCAGUAUUUUUAGCUCUCCUGAGCCGAAGGCUCAAAGAGCUAAUCAUAUGUCUGGCGUGCGGAGUGCGUCAACUUUUUGGAAAAAGGGCUAUAUCUCAAGAACCCCUUGGCCAAUUGUUGUCAAAUUUGUCACAGGGUAUCCUUGGCCCAAGGGCUUUCAUUCGUACUAAAAUUAGGGUUGUGACCCUUUAACAAGGGGAGAUAAUUAGGAAAAUGCAAACAAAAGUAGUGGUUGCUAAAAAAUCUUCUCAAGAAUCACUGGGCAAAUUAUCACCAAACUUAUGCAUAAGGAUGAGGAUAGGUUGUAAAUAAAAAAAAUUGUUCAAGGCAUCAUCCUGGGGCAAAGGGUGCGGUCUCAAGGUCACUUCAAAGUUGACCUUAAAUUUUGUUUUGUUAAAACUUUGAUAUUUUGCUUAGUAUAAGGACUAGGAUCAUCAAAUUUUGUCAGUUGAUGUAUCUUAGGACCUAAUAUCAUGUUGUCUGAAAAGUAGGUCAUGGUGACCUACUUUUUGAAUUUCGCAGGUAAUUAUUAUUAAAUGGAUUUUGAUGCAUAUCUUGGACACUUUUGAGCCUAUGAUCAUCAAAAGUUGUCAGUUGAUGGAUCAUGGGACCUUGAACUGCGUCAUGUGAAAAGUAUGCCACCACGACCUACUUUCUGAAUUUUAUGGCUAAUCAUUUAUGAAUACAUUUUAGGUUGUUAUUUCAGAUACUGAGAGGUUUAGAAUCAUCAAACCUUGUAAGUUGAUGCGUCUAGAGGCCUCAAAACAUAUUUAUAAAAAAAAAAAAGUAGGUCACAGUGACCUACUUUUGAAUUUUGCAGACAUUCAAAUUUCACAUUUUCAAUUUUAGAUGCAUAUUUUGGACACUAUGAAAGCUAGGAUCAUCAAACUUUGUCAGUUUAUGCAUCUUGAGUCUUCAUAGUUUGUUGACCAAAAAGUAGGUCACUGACCUACUUUUGGAAUUUGACGGCUAUAUUUUAAUAUUUCAGAUACUAUUUGACUUACAAUUAUCAAACUUUGUCAGUUGAUGCAUGUUGAGUCGUCAGAGUGUGUUGACUAAAAAGUAGGUCACCGUGACCUAUUUUUGGAUUUUGACGGCUAUAUUUGAAUAUUUCAGAUACUAUUUGACUUACAAUCAUCAAACUUUGUCAGUUGAUGGGUCUUGAGUCUUCAGAGUGUGUCAACCAAAGAGUAGGUCACUGUGACCUACUUUUAGAAUUUGACGUUUAUAUCUGAAUAUUUCAGAUACUAUUUAACUUCAAUUAUCAAACUUUGUCAGUUGAUGCAUCUUGAGUCUUUGGAGUGUGUCGACCAAAAAGUAGGUCACUGUGGCCUUCUUUAGGAAUUUAACGGCUAUAUUUGAAUACUAUUUGACUUGUCAGUUGAUGCAUCUUGAGUCUUCAGUGUGUCAACCAAAAGUAGGUCACUGUGACCUACUUUUGGACAGUUACAUUUAAAUUUCAGGUACUAUUUGACUUAACAUCAUCAAACUUUGUUAAUUGAUGAAUCUUGAUUAGUGAGAAUUUUUGCCUGUUCUACAAUGUAUCAGAAGAGCGAUUCUAGGCUCAUGGGCCUCUUGUAUGGUUUACAAUGAGCGUCCAUGUGUCAAGUUACUUAUGGUGGGUAGGUACACGUGUACUAUUUGGUUUAUUUUCUAUUUCUUUACAUCAUACCAACAUGUAAUAUAAAACAGUAUAUACAGGGAUAGUAUUACUUGUAUAACGCUACAUCACAGAAUCUAAGAUAAAUCCAUUAUUUGAAAUUGACGGAUAAGAACUCUCUGUAAAUACAUCAUCCUCUUUUUCUAGCCUCUUCUUUUUCUUACACCUGAAAUAUAUAACAAUUAUGAUAUUACAAACAAAAGCUCCUUGACAAGUUAAUCCAGAUUAUGACUUUUUACAAUUACAGUAGAGAUAUACUUUUGCAUUGGCUUAUAUGACACUUCAUCUCGGAAAAAAUAUUUUGAUGUGUGAAAAUCAUGUUCAUUAUGAUAUGUUGUAUAUAUUUUUAGCUGGGAAAUACCUUGUGCAGACCGGUUUUAUUAAUAUUAUUUCUGGGUCAUUGUCAGAUGAUAUGCCUCGUCAGGUUUACUUAAGAUAACUUGUAAAUAAGAAAUCACAUUCACUCAUAAAGGUGUGUUUUAGCAUUAUGAAUACAAUUUUGAUUGUUUUC